GACGGUGAACAGCAUGUGCGUUCGGACAGCUCGAAAUAUAUACAAUUUAACCCGCUCUUUGACCUUCAGGCAAAUCAUUCCACUGCAGACAAGUGCAAGGCUGAGAUUUUUGACAACAGUUACAGAAACCAACAGUAAAGAAAACCGUAACGAAGCAAGCAGUAAGGAGAAUCCAGCAGUUUCCCAAUCUGCUACGGAAGGAACUUCAGACUCUGUUCUGAAGGAACAAGUCACCAAACUUGAGAUGGAGCUGAAGGAAUUAAAGGAUAAAUACAUGAGGUCCCUGGCGGAGACGGAAAAUGUACGACAGAGAUUGCGGAAGCAGGUAGAGGAGGCCAAGGUGUUCGGGAUCCAGGGGUUCUGUAAGGAUCUGUUAGAAGUGGCUGACGUGCUAGGGAGGGCCACAGAGAGCGUGCCACAGGAAGAACUGAACAAAAAACAUCCCCACCUAAUGAAUCUGUUUGAGGGCCUGAAGAUGACAGAGGCUCAGUUACAGCAGGUGUUUGGCCGCCAUGGACUUGUACAGAUUGUCCCCAAGGAAGGGGAUAAGUUUGACCCACACUUCCAUGAAGCCCUUUUCGAAGUGCCCACACCCGAUAAAGAGACUGGAACUGUAGCAAACAUUCAGAAGAUUGGAUAUCGCCUACAUCAGAGGACUCUAAGACCGGCCCUUGUGGGAGUGUACAGAUCUACUUCCUAGCUUUUGUGCUAAGGCAGUGUAAAAUUAUGAUAUAAAUGAUGUCAUUUUUGAGUCAAAAGAAAACCUGCCGUCUUCAAGCAUCGGUGAGGUAACACAUCAUGAGACAUACCAAAAUACACUACUUCAGUGUGAGUAAAUGAAUAUCUGAAGCAGCAGAUUUCUAUGUAAAUUCAUGACAUCAUCAUAGGAUAAAUCGACUGUAAUGAUCAUUCAACAUUAAUAGUGCUUAUACUUGUUCGAGACAGUUAAAUGUGAGCAGAAGGCUUUGUGAGAUAAAUGAUAUUUAAAAAAGUUUUAUGCUGUUACCACCUGUCCUUUAAUUUAACCUGAUUCUGAUAUUUUUUGCUUUGUCAAUUGUGCACUUAAAUUGUUUAGAUUCUGAAACCAAGUGAUAUUUUUGUACCUAUUUGGUGCCCUCCUUUAACAACAGGUCCCAUCCUUGAAACCUGUAUUUGAGAAUAAACUGAAUAAAGUGGUAAAGAAUUAAACUUAAGGUUAGGGUGUUGGAUUUCAAUGAAAUAUAAACCAUAAAUACAGUUGAAACCUUGUGUUUUAUCACUUCAUUGUAUUUUUUAGAUGUAUAAAAUUUGAAUUAUGAAGAUUUGUAUAUUAUGUGUAAAAGCAUUUGUACAGUGCUAUUCUUCUAUGGUGUUAACAAAAGUUGACGGAUGAAAAUGUGACCUUGCUAUCUAACGUCGUCUUCUGCUGUUAAAUAAGUGCUAUCAGUGCUAAAGUAAAGCUGCUUUCAUUCACAUGUCUGGGUGGUGGAGUGUGGAGACCGAGUGAUUUCCAGAAUUCUGUGUAAACAUUGAGGAACUUGCUUUUAAAGUUGAUAGCUGGUUAUUGUUCUGUACACUGUUUUCACUAAACUCGGAAUAAAUCUUGCUACA